AUGGACACUAUCACGACGCUGACAGUUGGUCGGGCAUCAGGUUUGAUAGCGUUUGGUAACUUCGUUGGUAUGUUCGCUCACUUCUACGAUGGCCAUGCCCGUUCUCUAACCCAAGAGGCUCGCCUAGUUUCCUUCACCAUCCCGCUUCUUCUAGCUAUUGUUCUAGUCCAUCAUCUCAGUGAUACCUUGUCUGCAGCAACCUGGUCCGUCCUUGCCCGCCAGUUGCAUUCGACGACAUGGCCAACGUUGCUCCGAACGGAUUCUGUUGCUGGGAAACACGUCCACUGGGGUGUCUCCACGGUGGCCUAUAUCAGUAUAGGUCUGGCAAUGCUCGGUGUCAUCUCUGGAGUUGUGACGCCGUUAGGGCUUAGCGACAAGGUCCGUCCAGUAUCGACCCAAUAUGUGAGCUUUCACUAUGCACCUGAUAUGUCCAGUUUUGGCAAAAACACGAUAGGACGUCCUGAUAUGCCCUUGUCUCGGGAUUGUCUUAUCAAAUCCAUUUCCUGCCCUGGCACAUUCGUCCCUGGGUCCGUCAUCAACCAAGGUCACGGCAAACCCUCUCCGAACCCGAAUAUUACUUCUACUACAAACAUUCCCGCAAAUAUUACCAAAAUGUUUACGAGUGCCUCAAAAAAUUCCAGCAUAGCGAGCAUACUAGAUAUUCAGUACCGGUUUUGGCUACCGUAUUCCUCAGAAUAUUUCGAUGAUCACAAGCCAUAUCCGCGAGGUCAAUUGCUACCCCUCGACUCCCUCAUUUCAAAAGACGAUAUAGUUCUAGCCGAAGGUAUAGUUGCAGAUAUGCGAUCCGGUGGCAUCGGUUUCCGAAAUCACAGCGUGCCGUCGGGGCUGCCCUUUGGGGCAGAGUGGGAUGAAGACAUCUUAUGGAUAGAGCCAGACAUCUCCUGCGUUAACACCAAUCUCACGUACGAGCUGACUCUGGCUGAUACUCUAAACGGAACUUUCUCGCCGCCAGUUCGAGCAAUUGAGCUGGUAGACGAAGGCGGGUUUUCCGACCUGCGGCGUGGAAACCCGUACAAAGAUUGGCCCAAUAUUACCUAUGCAUCUCCGAAUCCUCGACUUCGAGCGGACCGAUCAGCUUGGCUUAGCAACUUCCUAGCCGGCCUCACCUACAAUCUCACACAUGGCGAUGCUAAUGCAGUGGGUUAUGGCUUUAACGUCACACGGGGCCGGCACUACCCAAUUGGGGACGUUCCAUACUAUGCAUCGCUCGAUAUACAGGCUAUGCCUCCCUCUGCCGCCUGGCUAAACCUGCCAGUCCUACCGUUCAACAACAAUGGGAGCUUGACUGUGGGUAACCGUACCAUUAACGGCCCUGAUGACGACCUAUACUGGUAUUCUAUUGGGCUCUACUCUGAGCUUAAGGAACGGUGCAUUGGAGAAUACAGCGAUGCGUCACUGAAAAACGAUUAUAAUAUUGAGUGUGGAUACUUUUUCGGGGCUGCAUCGAGGGUAGAUGGAGGAAAUCCUUUGUUUAGAGAAGUCGGGUCGAAAUGGAGGACACCUAUAUACACUUGUGCGGGUGCCGUUAAGGCUUCGGUCAAGACCAUCUCCUUCGUUAUGAACGGAACCGCCACGCUAGACUCCCUUGCCAUACAGAGAAUCGAAGACAAGCAUUAUGCUAACCCGAGAGAUCUCCCCCUCUGGGCACUGGAAGAUUGGUGGCAUCCUGGGUCCGAAGGUGCCUAUUCAGGACCACUUUGGGGCAUCGUCGAUCAUUCCUACGAGCACACGCCCGGCUACAACUUUACUCGAGCACCUUCACUUUACUUACCCUUUAGCUACUACGCUCUUACACUGAGUUCCAGUAGCGGGCCCCUAGAUAACCUUGCUGGAGCGACCAUGCCGUACGGAAUUCUGGGCAAAGUGCUGAACAACGACUUUUUCAGCCGCCUCAGAGACGAAUAUGUUACGUACUCGGGAGCAAAUAACGUUGCACUAGCGAACAAGUGGCGUAACCUAUCUAGGACAUCAGGGGAUACUGCGAAGCUUCUCCGUCUCGUUUGGACAGAUAUCAUGGCUAGUAAUAUUGUUGGUACAAAUAUGCGAGGAAACGGACAGCCAAUAGACAGCACCGAAGGGGGCGGAGCAUUUACUCAGGGCGUGAGGGUUUUCGACCGGAAGGUGACAUACGACCUGAGAUUCGCCGUUCCCGCAAUGCUAUUCCUCGCUUCAUGGCUGUUGCUGCUGCUUUCAGCGUUUGUUAUGGGAAUUAUCGACGGACACCCCUUCACGCAUUUGAAGAAGCUUCUCAACGACACCAGUGUCGGCCGUGUCGCCGUUGGCUCAGAAUAUCCCGAACACAGGGGUUUGCAGAGUGCAUCGACCAGGGACUGGUUGGCUGCUGCUGGCCACAUCCUAGUGCGAUUUUCGGGUAUAUCGAAGGCACCGUCCUGCGCCGAGUCACAAGAGGGACGUGGUCAAGCUCCAUCCUCGCUCUUACUCCAGCCAGGAUCGAAUGACGCCGCAAAUAAAGGAACACAGGGGAUGCUAUUUACGGAUAAGGCGCUAUAG